CAAUCUCAGUACACUUUGACAUAAGCUUCUUCAGCAAGUAAUACAUGUAAUGUAACUUGAAACGCAACUGACAAGUUUUAUUAUCGCAUUGUUAAGAUGUUCAAGCUACUUUUGCGAUCUGUUCGGCUACCUAAAGUCAGCGCAAAAUGCCCACAGUAUCUCUACUUGAAGCGGCUGAGCAGCAAGGCGUUUAAUACACCGCGUCCACCCAAGGAUCCACCAGAUGUAGGUUACCAACCGCAGAGUGUUGACCAUGAAGACAUCGAGCUAGCUGACUUUGUGAGACCCGAAGCAUUUCGGCAAUUUCAAUCACCCGAUGAAGUGCUUGGCCCUGGAGCUGGAAUGUCGAAGGAGUACAAGAAUCCGCAAUAUUUUGGAUAUCAUCGCUUCAGCUACGUGGAGUUGCAGAAUCAAUCAAUGGAACUGCGUGAUGAACGACGAGUAAACGGAGGAGUCCAGGCCAAUAUGGGGGAGGAUGACGAAGAUGAAUGUCCUGAUGACAGCAUCGAAGCGAUGAUGGCGCAGGAGGCAGAGUGUAAUGAGACGCUGCAAGCUCAAGCGAAGGAUGCGGAAAAGGAUAGGGAAAAAAAUAAGCUAAAGACCUGGUGUGUGGCUACGGAGAAGAAACAGGAAGAAAUUCGUGAAGUGCAGAAGUGUGAAGAAAUCGAAAAGAAAAAACUUCAAGACAGCAAGAGUAAAUCGAAAAUUGAAAAGACAAUCGAGAAGGGGGCUAAAGAAAUUAUGGAAGAAUGUGUGAAAAAGAUGGAGAAAAGCGCAGCGGCUGGGGAAUGCAAAGAGAAGGUGAUAAAGGAAACGCUGGCUGAGCUGGAAAAGGAAUGCAAAAACUUGAGUAAACUGAAUACAAAAGCUGAAGAGUUAAAAGAAAAAGUAAAAGACGUGGAAGAGAAAAUUGCAAAGUCCCAAGCAAAAGACGAUCAAUGUAAAAAUGAGAAAUCUGAUAAGAAGGAUGAGAAAAAGUCAGAUAAAUGCGAAAAGACGGAUAAAAAUAAGAAGUAAACAGAAAAGUGAAGCAAAGAAAAGGCAAACACGUAACAAAACCAACUUAGCAAAGCCACAAACCGCACAGUGACUCGCCAACUGUAAGAGCUCUUGCAGCGAUGGCUAAGCGAAGCCAACAACCACCCACAGUUGCUGUGAAACUGUGCUGGUCCAAUCUCUUUUGUUUAUUGCUUGGCCUUUGAUUGUUAUUUUGCUGUGCGUUUCUUUUCAAGUUGCAAUUUGAAUUGUUAAUAAAUUCAUAGUAGAAUUUCGCAUACAA